AUGAUUCGCUCUGCCAAACGGCCACCUAAAGCUAUGAACCACACAGACACUCCCCAGACAGCUCCUUGUGAUGUGCCAGCCAAGGAAGUUAAUUACCAGCUUCAAACAGACCGAAUAAUACCGCGGCAUAGUCAUAUGGAACAUGCAAAUCUCACUGUAAAACUUUCAGCCAGUUACCUCAAAGUGAGACAGGGUUUCGAUAAAAUCAAGGAAGUCUCAAACGGCGUCAGUUUAGAGAAGCCUACAGAAGAAAAUAUAAGUAAUUUUGUCUCCGAGAAGGUUGUCUCUAACUACAUGGGCAAAGGACUUGAUUUUCGUAGUAUUAUAGACAAAUCCAAACCAAUGUCUCGCUGGAGCGAAGCCAAUAGGUUGCCAGCUACUACGCGAAAUCCGUUUGAAGACUCCGUUCGAUCUUCACUACUGUCUGAAGCGCAUGGGGUCCUAACG